AUGAAUCGCCAACCCGUCCUCUCGCCCAACUUCCACCACUACCCUGCGCAGCCCUUCCAUGACCCGGCACUCGCGUCGGUGUCGGCGCUGUCGUACAGGUCUUUCCAGCUCCCCCAUCGGACCGCGGAGCUUCCCGCCGGCUACAACCCAACACCACUGCCUCCGCGCCCACCAACCGCCAGGAUGAGCUACCAGCAGAUGGCUGCCGACGACGAGCUCGCCCACCUGCAGAAGCUCUCCAACGAAUACACGCCCGAGGCCACCGGCCCGCUCGUCGGGCCAAGACAAUCCACGGCCGCCAUCACGACCGAGUACGCAAACGGCGACCCCGUCUAUCGUGCGAAGACCCAGAAUCUGCCCUACAAGUACUCCCACUACCGGACCUGUCGCGGCGAUGGACACUGCGGGUGGAGAGCCGUGGCCUUUGGCUACUUUGAGGCUCUCCAGCGCGUCGGCGACCGCCACAAGUUCCUCGAGGAGCAGAGCCGCCUGCGCUCGCUCGCCAACCUGCUCAACCAGAUCGGCCUGCAAGCCGACGUAUAUGAGGACUUUGCCGAUGAAACUCUAGGCCUCCUUGGCAAAUUGGCCAAAUCGCCUGCCGUCGACGAUGCCCUGCUGCUCGAGGCCUUCAAUGACCCGAUGGCGUCGAUGGGCAUCAUCACCCACCUCAAGGCAAGUGUUCACAUGAUGCUGUUGACCAGUGCUUGGAUCCAGACUCACCCGCAGGACUUCGAGCCAUUCCUCUUGGGUGAGGACUUGCAGCAAUACUGCCGGAGGAAUGUCGAGGCCAGCAACUGCGAGAUAGAGCACGUUACCUUAACCGCUCUUUUCCAAGUCUUGCUCAAGUCUGCUGGAUUCGCGCUCGAAAUCUUGUAUCUGGAUCGCAGCGCAGGAGAAGAAGGCGACAUGUACCGCCUCGAUGUGACGACUCAUGAUGGCGUCCCAAUCGUGGAUGUUCCAACCGUGAGAUUGCUUUACCGACCAGGCCACUACGAUAUCCUCUACAAGGCCGAGGAAGUCCAGAGCACCAUGGCGCCUCAGAUGCCCACCCAGGUCGCUGUCAAUCUUGCGCCCCACUUCAAUGAGGAUUACGUGCAUAUGAACAGGGAGUUCUCGGACGUACUAGCUUACAUUCCUGGCAUGGGGCCCCAGGGUUUUGCCCCUAGCUUAGGUCAACCGUCGUACAUGUCUGAUCCAUUCGCAAGCUUCUCACCUACUCCAACACAACCUCCACCGCAGCCUACACCCCAACUGUACUCGCCGUUAUCAGUUCCACACAGCCAGGAGUACGUAGCCCCUACUGUCCCGCUGGAGGUCCCGCCUGUGACCAUGGCAGUUGCCGGAGGUGGCAAGGGUGAUGGUGGUUCGUUGUUCAGGCCCUCAGCGUAUGAGUUGAAACCAGACUUCAAUUCUGGUCCUACUCAUUCACCAACCUUUCAGACAUCCAUCUUCAAGAAUUCUCACUACAACACUGCACACUUCUUGAACCCAGACUUCCAACCAGAGGAAUGGUCACCAGAUACCGAGUACUCUUCCAAUAGUCGAGGACGCCACAAGUCCACGUCCCAGUAG